AUAAUUGUUGUGUUUGGGCCAGCUUGCGCACAUCUCAACUGAUUCCAUGAAAUACCUAUUAGAUCCCACCAUCAUAAUACCAGGUAACUCUGAUAAAUAUUUGAACUUGAGAAAAAAAACACCUAGUGUCUUUUAUCUCCGCUAAUAUUUGAACUUGAGAACCAUGCACUUCAGUUGAUCACUAAGCAACACCCUUGAAUAUUUUCCAUCCUUUUCCCUAUUAUAGUUCUCUUAAUUGUUUUAGAGCAAGCAAUUUAAACCCUCAUUAUAUAAAUAGUGCAGUCUCCUUUUGCCACAACCAGAGCAACUUCAACUUAAGCUUAACCAAAAAAGCACCAAAAUGAAACACAACUUAGUGUCAACCUUUCUCUUCUUGUUUCUCCAAUGCAUUGGCAUUUUGGCUCAAGGUCCAUCACCAUCUCCAAUUCCACCACCAGCUCAAGCCGCGGCUCCUGCUCCGGGACCCCCUGGCCCGACUAAUGUAACAAAAAUCCUAGAAAAGGCGGGACAAUGUUCCACGUUUAUACGGUUGUUACAAACUACUCAAGAAAUCAGCCAAAUAACCUCAUUACUCAAUGACUCCAACAGCAUAACUAUCUUUGUACCAACAGAUAAUGCAUUCUUGAACAUGAAAGCAGGUGCUUUGAAUUCCUUCAAUGAUCAACAGAAAUCAGAACUGAUCAAAUUCCAUGUUCUCCCUCAAUACUUCUCCCUUUCGCAGUUCCAAACUGCUAGCAACCCGGUGCAAACACAAGCCGGUGGGACUAGCAACCGCGAAUUCCCUAUCAACAUAACAACAAAUGGAAGUUCAGUGAAUAUAACUACUGGAAUUGUCAAUGCUAGUAUCUCGAAUACAAUUUACAUUGAUAGCCAACUAGCUAUUUAUCAAAUUGACAAAGUACUUCUCCCAUUGCAAUUCUUUGUCCCUCCUGCACCAACGCCCGCUCCUUCACCACCUAAGUCGAAAAAUAAAGAUGAUUCAUCGGAUUCUGACUCUACUUCCACUGUAUCUUCUAGUGAAACCAACUCGCCUCGCAGACUUCUCUUCUUCUUAGCUGUUUUUUGUUUUGUUUAUGUAAGCUAAUAUGUUGAAGUUUUACUGUUGUAUGCAUGCAUUUUUGUGAUUUCAUUCAAUUGUAAGUUUGGGUUGUGCCAUGUAAAUUUGGAUUGGUUUUACUCUACAUGAUUUUUGAGUAAGAAGAUACUCGAUGUUAAUUUGUAAUAUAUAUGAAGAGGGAUUGUCACA